AUGGAUGUACCCAGAAGAAAGGGGGAAUGGACUCAGAGUGAAUGUAAGGUGGCGUUAGAACAAGCGGAGUGUUGGUUUAAUCAGGGAAUGGAAAAGCAACAGGUGUAUGGGAAGUUCGAGUCGGCCCUCCCUGGGCGUACAGCCGAGGGUAUCAAGAAGCAACUGCGAAAGCUUGGUUGGCAACUUACUCAGUAUCGGAAGAAAGGCCACAGGCCAGAGGAUGAUGGUGGUAAGAUUAAGAGAGGGUCGCGGAAGGCGAAGGUGUUACCUGAGCCGACUGCCGGGUCUGUCCAACGAGAUGUCCCGUCCCUCUGUUUGUGGGAUUCUCCUCCUGCUGAGCAGCAGGUGGAUCUGGAGUUGGUGGAUAUGGAUGGUGGUAUCUUUGAUGAGCUUGUUGGGCCGGAAAUCCCUGGAGGAGUUGGCCCCUUCUCUGAAGCAUUUUAA